AUGGCUUCUUCCUACAGAGACAGUAACUGGGACGAGGCCGAUCGACAGUCUGAACAAAGGUAUUACUCAGUCAAGCGUUACGUCAUUCCCUCCGAACAAAGCUCGAUGUAUCGACGAGAUGGGCCCGCAACGAGCGAACGCGAGCUCACCAUCCGGCCCCAUCACGAUCGAGAUGACCGGUAUAACUACGAAUAUCGUAGGGAGAAAGAUUACGACCAAGUCUAUCGUGCUUCGAGCCAUGCACCCUCCCACCACGAGUCGGAUUAUCAAUUAGUCAGCCGACCUGACCCUGACGAGCGGUGGGCGUUGCGGAGCUCCCGUGAUCCGCGAGACGACGACUAUUAUUACUCCCGAAGCACCAGAGAAUACGACGACGGUCGUCAUCACUAUGAUGAGUACGAAGAGCGCUACUACGCAGGUGACAGUCCUCGUAGCUCAGGAUCGCAUCGGACCAGGAGCCGUCGUAGUCGCAACUGUAAUAGUGACGAUGACAUGGUCUACUCCCGCAGAGGUAGAUGCUAUCGCGAUGAGAGCCCUCGUCAUUACAAACGUCAUCUAGCCGAAGGUGCACUAGUUGGAGUAGGUGCUGCUGAAUUGGUGCGACACCGCUCGAAGAAGAGGGAUGGGGAGGAAUCUAGCGCAUUCAGCCGCAUCGGGACAGACGUUGGCGCAGGAGCCCUGGGUGCCGUAGCUGCUGAUGUUCUCCAAAGGGCUAGAAGUCGCCAUCGCAGUAAGAGUCGCAGACGCGCAGAAUCGCUAGAUCGCGGGCGAGAUCACAAUCGGGAGUAUCGCCAUCGACACCGUCGACACCGCAGUCGCUCAUCUCCGGAUUCCCGCGUCAAAACUCUGGCAGGCCUCGGAUUGGGCGCAGCAGCUAUUGCGGGAGCAGUUGCGCUAGCCCGGAAAAAGUCUCAAAGAAGUGAGAAAGCUGGCAACUCGCACCAUGGUAGACGGAGCCGGUCCCGCCAUCGUCGAGGGUCCGAAUCUGGGUCUGACAAUGGUCGAAACCCUGCCCACCGCAACAAGCGAAUGGCAGAAGCAGGUCUUGCGGGAGCGGCAGUAGCAGGAUUGAUUGAGCGAGCUAGGAGCAAAUCUCGAUCUCGAAAAGGGGAGAGAUCCCGCAGCAGGAUUAGGCAGGGUCUUCCCAUAGCAGCUGCUAGCCUUGGCAGUGCAGCAAUUGCAGGUCUUUAUGAAAAGCACAAGGAGAAAAAGGAAAACGAAUCCUCUCAACGGCAUCAUAGACGUAGAUCUAGGUCUCGAAGCGUGGUUCCAUCAUCAGCCUACUCAGACCCCUCCGGAUCAGCUCCCCAGCUCAUAGAGUACGGCGACGAUCCCGUGUACGGAAGCAUCCCAACUAAUCACUACUAUGGACGGCCCUCGAGCAGGCAAUCCUCCCCAAGGGCCAUUGAAUCAUCUUUCCGAAGAAGAAGCCGGCACCGGAGCGUCAGCCGGAGUCACAGCCGUAACAGACAUCAUUAUCGUGAUGACGGCUCAGGAAGCAAUUCUUCUUUCUCCGACCAUGAUGGCGGUCGCAACCACCGCUCCGGCCAUCAUAAGGAACGUAGCAGAAGCCGUACUAGAGAUCUUGCCACUGCUGGGCUUGCUGCUGCUGGUGCCGGGCUUGCUGCCAGGGAAUAUACCCAAAGACAGGAGCGGAAGAAGGCGGAGAAAGACCGAAGAAAAUAUGCCCGCGACCAUGACUACACCGACUCAUAUGAGGAGGGCUACGAUCCCGUUCCCCGUGUCCCCUCUCCACCGCCAAACGGCGCCAAUUACUACCCACACAGUAACCAUUUCCCACCCCCACCAGGCUCAACUCCUGUUCCGCCCAACCACCAAGGAGGCCCAUAUAACCCGGCAGACUAUCCGCCGUCUCCCGGUGCGCCACCCAUGACACAGGCAAACUACUCCUACCCCCCACCACCUCCUCCUGCAGCGGACCCUUACUCACCCAGGUCCAUCAAAGGGGAAGAGAACGUGAGUGCUGUCCCGACGCCAAAUCCCACCCUCUCACAUGAGCAGCGCCACAUGUCAUCAGAGGGUAUAAUGGCAACAGCCCCGCGACAUCUGUUGCUGCCAUCAACUCACCCAGUCAGUGAUACUGGUGCGCAGUCCGCAACCAGUCUCGGCUACUCUGCUUUUCCUUUCGCUCCCACCCCACCGCCGCUAGCAACAUCGCCACAACCAAUACCAACCUCACGAAACCUAUUCAAUUCCUUUUCACGACCAAGGUCAUCCAGCCAACCCGCCUCGAUACCAGCCAAGUCCGUCCAAUUCGAUCUCCGACCGCAUUACGCCAGGUCUCCAUCUACAGAUAGACAUGCACGAAUCCCCAAAGGCGAAAAUCAAGGCUAUGAGACCGAUGACAGCGACUCAACCAUGGACGGACUGGAUCGUUCUCUUCGGUUUCAUUCCCGACCCCAUCACAGACCCCGCACCCACACCUCCUACCAUCCUCACCAAUCGACGGCCUCGCCAGCAUCAAUACCAUUUCCGUCGGCACCAAGUUUCCCCCAUACAUCAGCAACACCACAACAUAGGAGCGACAAAACCCAUACCAGGGUCCAUAACAACAACAACCUCGAUGUAGAAUCAGAUACGACCAUUGAGCUUUCUGAUCGGUUUGACGCGCGCGGCCAUCGUCUUCUUGGAUCAUGGAGAUGA